AUGCAAGGACUGUUCGUCCAGACGUCCGAGGUCUCUGAGGUUGACAAUAUUAAAUUGGCCCGUACAAGUAUCAGUUUUAUCGACCUGACAGUGAGAUCCGUGCCUCUGGACAUCUACCCUUCCUUCUCCUUCCUGAUGGAAAUGACUGGGAUCGAGGCCUUCAUCUUGGAUUCCUGCAACGGGCUUAUCCUUUUCGGGCACCGUCAGGAGCCAUUUGAUCCCCUUUACUAUACCGUGUGCAACCUGACCACAAAGCAGUGGUCAGUCGUGGCCGCUUGCGGUUCUGGUGAACCGGUAAGCCACACCUAUUUGGCUUUCGCUCCGGCCAUCUCCUCUCACUUUCACUUGGUCCAGUUCCAGAUCCGCGAUCUGUAUGAGGAGUUUGUGUCGUUGCAUGCUUACUCAUCUGAAACUAGGACCUGGAGUCAAAACCAAAUUGAUGAACAAAAAGAGCAAGGACAGUUGAAAGGCUGGCAUCAUCAGUUUACACUAGACAUUGAGACUGACAACCAUCUUUGGGCCUUUGUUAAUGGCUUCCUACAUGUGAUAGUUAGUUGCUCAGAUCUACAGCACAUACUUGUUGUAGAUGUACAAGGGAAGGCAAGAAGGCUGAUCACCGUACCAGAUGCAUUGCCUGAGUGUCAGUACAACUGGGGCAUUGUGAUGUUAUUGCGGCGCUUUUGGAAGAUCCCUGCUCUUUUCAUUACGAUCAUCACCAAAUUACAAGUAACUGAGAUGGUUUACUACCAGUACUUGAUGGAAGCCCUAACCUUGCUUCCGGUUGAGAACUUACACCUGAAGUUAGUAGCAUCUGGACAUGCUGUUAUCUCUUGUGUAUUCCAUUUCCUCAAGAUUUCCACCAGUAUAAGAAGGCUGUUUGUGCAUAUAAGUGAAGGCAUUCAGCCGCAAGACUGGAAAACUGAGGAGCUCUGCUUGAAUUCUCUCCAAGAGUUGCAUAUUUGUGUAUUGAGCGGUGCAGAUGAUGAUCUUGCAUUUGUGCAACGACUAUUGGGAUGGACACCAGUGCUCAAAACAGUUACUAUAAAUUUUGAUCCUUCAGCCACUGUUGAUGAGGACCUUUGCAAGGAGCUACACGACCUCUCUAGGCCAGAGGCUUGCAUGAAGUUUUACCUAUAUCGUAAUGCAGUGAGGGACAAGGGCUGUUGCCGCAGCAAGUUAGCAACUAUCAACAUGUGCGAUCUUGCUGUGGUUAUUCAUGACUCAGGUCUUGAAAUCACUGAAAAAGAAACUGAGCUGCAACCUACCGCAGUUGUUGACUGA